AUGUCCGGUUCCCCAGAUGUCCUCAGGGCAGCCUCCACGGGCCGCUGGAGCAGCAUACAUGACUUUGGUGAAGUCUCCAGCGCAGUUAUUGGUUUUCUUCUUGCUCUUGAAAACCCACCCCGUCUCGACCACCUCACGUUUGCAACAGCAGCACGUGGCGGUCUGGGUCGCAUGCGCGUGGAUCUCUUCGAGGUGGCUCUGCUGCGAGGAUGCACGGAAGUCUUCCGCUUUGCGAACAGCCGAGACGAUGGAAAGGACGGAGCACAGACCAAGAUGAAGCCUCAUGGCGGAUGGCGAAGUGGGCUCUGGAUUUCACAAGUGAACGAAUAA